CUUCAAGUGCUCUGCCACCUUUGGUUUUGGUUUUGCGACUGAACCCAAAUAAAACAUGCCAAGUGAUAUGCGGCGGGCAUGUAUGUACAAGAAUCGUGAGGUAUCAUGUUAUCUUUUAACGAAGAUAUCUUGGAAGGGCAGUUACAAACGUGUUUUCACUAUUGGCACUCUUGGUGUAACAACAUACAAUAAAGAUACUUUAAGAGUAACAAAUCAGUGGACAUAUGAAGAAAUUUACGACAUAAAACUUGAUCAUAAUACUAAAUCAAAUCAACCACAUUUGAAACGUUUCAUUUUGGAUGUAUUCGAUGUGAAUCGUAAACGUCAUGAAUUAACAUUUGCUACAGAGUUUCGUGUUGAGUUGUUAACUGAUUUAUUGUAUUUUCGUGAUCGAUUUAUCAAAGAAAAUAAAUCGAAUGUGAGAAUACAUGCAACGAAAUUGAGUUGGUCUGAAUCAACCUACGAUGUCAUGUUAGAUAUUAGUCCAAUUUCCAUUGAUGUACGUUGUCCACGUACUGGUGAUUUAUGGAAAACUUAUGCUUAUAAAGAUAUUGAAUAUAUUAGCAAAAUUAAUGAUACUUCAAAUGGAGUAGCUAUUGUUCAUGGUGGAUUUGGGCAUAUUCAUGUAUUCCUUACACGUGAACCGGAGAAAUUAAUCAAUGAGAUUAAUAGUUCUGCACAUACCAAUCUAUCUGUAUCAUUCAGUCAACAACCAUCAUCAACUCCAUUAACACGUGAUUAUUGUACAGAAUAUCGAUUGGGCAAAGUAAAUUUAGAUCAUUUAAUUUCACAAGCUGAAUUCCCUGUACAAAAAUUAUCCAAUCGUUCUCAUGUUAUGACAACAACAAAUAGCAAUCAUAAUAACAAUCAUCAUCAUCAUUCAAUGAUGAAAACAAUAUCACGUUUAAUGUGUUUAACUGAAUCCUUACUGUUAGAACGUGAUCCAACUAGUUAUCGUCCAAUAUCAGCGCAUCCAUUAUGUGAAAUCCAUUUACUUGUUCGUGAUCGAUUUCAACCACAAAAAUUUUCCAUUGAAUAUGUUCGUGGACAAGUGGUUACAUAUUUUUCUACGAACAGAGAUGCUCUAUUAGCAUCAUUAUUAGACGGUGUACGUGCCAGUGGUAAUCGUGAUGUUUAUGUGUGCAGUUCAUUUUCCGAUCGAAGUCUACGUUUUAUUCCAUUGAUUCAUUCAGCUACUGAAGAAAUUGAAUCAGUUCAUUUAAGAUUUUUACGUCAACGUCCAGAGGGUGUUUCAUUUUGGGAAGUAGUACAACGUUUCAAUGCUAACAUUGCCUACAGUGGUUUAUUGCAUGCUGUUACUCAAGAUGGUGUUUUUGCAGAAAAUAAAGAAAAACUCAUUAAAGAUGCAUUGAUCAGUAUUUUGACACAAGAUACACGUAAACUUGAUGCGGGGAAUCCGUUGACAUCGGUUAAACAAUCCAUAUCAUCUACGUCUUUACAUUGUACUGGUGAUAAUACUCCUCCUCCUCUUACUACUACUACUCCUAAAGAUACUACUACUACUAAUGCUAUUACUAGUAGUAAUAUUAAUGCUAAAUCCACUAAUCCUAAUUAUGAAUUAAUUCUAAUUGAAGCACAAUUUCACGCGUUACGUCGAUUAGUUGCAUCAAAAGCUGGAUUUAAUGCUUUCACUCAAUUACCAGGGAUGCGUAUUACAUUAGGUCAAUUGGUAGUCAAUGCGCUGAAACUUCGUGAUGAUGCUGUGACCCAUGCAGUUUUAGAUGCAAUCAAUACUUUAAUGCAUCCAAUGCAUGAACAACCAGAUAUUCGUCAAGAACAAUUAAAUAAAGCUUCCAUUAUGUCUAGUGAACCAUUUCUCACUCAUCUUGUUGAUAUAUUCACAUUACAUGCUUUACGUGGAAGUGGUUCAUUAGUUCUUUGUGCUUUAUUAGAUUUCUUUACUUAUGGUGUUUGUUUACCGUAUUCUGAAACAUCAGAAGGUGGAUUAUUUGAUAAUUUAUUACGUUUAUUAGCUAAACGUGGUCGUGCAUUGUUUCGUUUGUAUCUUCAUCCAAGCUUAGCUAUUGUUCGUGGUGCUGGUAUGAUUAUGCGUGCAUUGAUUGAAGAAGGCGGGGCAGUUGUCGCUAGAGAAUUGCGUAAUCUCGCUUUAACUGAAGGUGCCCUAUUGCAUCAUUUUUGGACUGCUUGUUUUACUCAAGGAAAUGAUCCACGAAGUUUAGCUGUACAGCAGCUUAGUCGUCAACUAGUUGCAUUAUGGUCUGAAAAUAAUCCCGAUGCAUGGGAUUUAUUUAAACGAAUGCUUCCAUUAGGUUUAUUGUCAUUUUUAGAAUCGACAGAUGAACCUCCUGUGAAACUUAUCAAUAUGUUACCAGAUCGUGAUAAUUUACAAUUAGCUCAUGAGCAUUUGAUGCGUAUUGAAGAACGUAAACAAACUAUUUCUUAUCAAUUAGAAUCAAAAAUUGAUGAUCUGUUAACACAUUGGCGUUUACGUGUUGGUUUGCCUAUACCGAAAAUAUUGAAUAACAAACCAACUCAUUUGAAAGAAGCUGAAGAACGUCCUGUUGUAUUGCGACGACCACGUCAUUUAUUACAAUCAUUACGUCUUAAUGAUGGUACAACUAAUCAUUCUAAACCGAUCAAUAAUAAUUGGCGUUUAUUUUUCUAUCAAUUUCAACAAGAUCAUGCUAAGGCUGAUCUAAUUUGGACUGUACGAACUAGAAAUGAAUUACGUGAAUCAAUUGAAAAAGAAUUACAAGAAUUUCAACAAGAACGUAAUUAUUUUGCACAAAGUCGUUUAGAAGAAUCUGAUUCACCGGAUUUCAUACGAUCUGAACCAGUUGGUGCUGCUGGUCAACCGGAACAACGUACAAUCCCCAUUGGUGGUGGUGCUGGUGGUUUAAUCAAUAAAGCACAAAGUACACCAGAUAUUAGUAAUCAUAGUAAUCAUGAUGUCGGAAGCAAUCAUGAAAAUGUAUCCAAUUCACAAUUAUCCUCUCCAAUGACUACUGAUUCGCGUCAACUGUCUAAUGUUGAUAGCGAUACUACUACUACUACUACUACUACUACUACUACUGCACGUUUGUCAUUCAAUCAAUCCAAUCAAUCGAAUGAGCGAAAUUUCUCACAACAUUCAUCCCAAUCAUCUAAUCUCACCAAUAGUCGAAGAACACGUGUAUCAAUGAGUCCGACUAGAAUGCAAGCAGAUCGACUCAUUAAUCAGGCAAGUCUUGUUUCAUGGAAUUAUAAAGAAUUUAAAGUGAAUUAUCCAAGUUUAAUUGAAGAACCACGUGUUGGUAAUUAUUUUCUACGUUUAUUACUUGAAGAAGAUCGUCAUGCAAAUGAAGUGAUUGAAGCAACUACAUUGAAUAAUAGUACACGUACAAUGAAUAUUCCAUCGGUUGGUUUGUCACGUAUUCGUGAUAGCACGGCAUUCUUCAAUGAAUUAUUCCGACGUUAUCUACAAUAUGUCGCUUCGGAUCCAUUUUAUGCAAUACAGGAUUAUUCAAUUCUACAACAUGGUACAUUGAAUCCUCGUAUGAAAACAUCCAAUAAUAAUGCAUUACGUCGUCUUACAAUGCGUUGCUUGUGCUUACAUGCUAUGUCCAUUGUAUAUCAUCGUUGUUAUGUAGAAAUUGGCUGCGUGACAGAUAUACCAUUACUGGUGUAUUUAUUAGAUCGUACAAUUUAUGCAUCAGAAAGAGAUUGUCUACUUUUAUUGUUAGAUAAAUUAAUGUUGAAUAAAGAUAAUGUCAUGUCAUUUGUCGAUGCCGACGGUGUACGUGUUCUCAUUGAUUUAGCAUGUUUAGCACAUUUACAUACAAGUCGUGCACCUACACCAUUUCAAUCGAAUGUUUUGAAAGCUAGUGCUGAACAAGAACUUACUGGUACCGGUGCAAGUACACAACGUGAAUGGUGGUAUAUGAAUACAACUAUACCGGGAGGGCAAAAAACAGCUAAUCAAUCCAUGACUACUUCUACUACAACCAAAUCUACAUCGAAUCUUAUUCAAGGUCCAAUUAGUUUUAAUGAACUAAAAAAUCUUAUUAAAAAUCAACAAAUCACCAGCAACACAAAAUUAUAUGCUCAAGGUUUAGAUGCUACACCACGUUGUCGUCCUGAUGGUUAUCUAGCUGAAGAUGAUUUCAUUGAUGAUCUGAAUGAAUCACAUAAUAAUAAUAAUCGCUUAACCAAUACAAAUUCUUCGUCUUCUGUACCUAAUAAUGAUGUAACUCAUUCAUUCGGCUCAACUGAUCCAGGGACGACCGGGAAUAAUACCAAUAAUAAUACACCUUUAUCUUAUGAAAUGUUACAUGGUGGAGGUUGGUUGCCAGCCAAGCAUGUAGCACAAAUUCGUUGGACAUCAACAGCAUCGCCCACCUCGAAUUUAUCUACCAUGUCAUCUUUGUCCAAUAAUCCUUCUUCAACAGCAACAGCUGAUAAACACGAUUUAAAUGUUGGCUGUUUAAUUGAUAAACUAAAUUAUUCCAAUGGAUUAUUUACAGAUUAUACAAGUUUAGCUAUCAAAUGUAUUGACAUAUUGCAUAGAUUAUGUAACAGUUGUUCUGCAUUGGAUUUAUUGCAUGGUGGUGUUGUACGUCCGCUGCCUAAACCACGUCGUGCUAUUUCUGAUAUGAAUUGUUUGCCGCAUAUGAUACAACUACUUCUGACAUUCGAUCCACCAUUAGUUGAACGUGUUGUCUCUUUGCUACACUCUGUGAUGGAUCAUAAUCCUCUAUUACCACGUCUGUAUUUAACUGGAAUAUUUUAUUUUAUUCUAUUAUAUACUGGUAGUAAUAUUUUACCAAUUGCAAAAUUUUUAAAAGAUGUUCACUUGUUACAAGCAUUACGAUUAGAUGAAUUCAUUGGUCAUAGUUCAUCUGGCAUGGAUUUAACAUCACGAUCAAUAUUAGGCAAUAUGUUACCGGAUGCUAUGAUUGCUUAUCUGGAAAAUCAUCCGGCUGAAAAAUUUGCCGAAAUAUUUCUUGGUGAUUUUGAUUCACCUGAAGCUAUAUGGAAUUCAGAAAUGCGACGUUAUAUGAUUGGUCGUAUUACAUCGCAUUUAGCGGAUUUCUCACCUCGUCUACAAAGCAAUAUACGUGCUGUGUAUCGAUUUAUCGGUAUGCCAAUUAUUAUUUAUCCACAAUUGGAAAAUGAAUUAUUUUGUCAUAAUUAUUAUUUACGUCAUUUAUGCGAUACACAACGAUUCCCUGAUUGGCCUAUACGUGAUCCGAUAGCAUUAUUACGUGAUAUCCUAAAAGCAUGGCGUGAUGAAUUACAAAAGAAACCAGUGAAUAUGUCUUAUGAAGAAGCAUUGAAAGAACUUGGAUUAGAUCCUACACUGUUAAAUUCGUCAAAUGAAGAGUCUUUCAUCCGUCGAGCUUAUUAUCAAAUGUCAAUGAAAUAUCAUCCGGAUAAAAAUCCUGAUGGUAGAGAUAAAUUUCAAUCCGUCACAAAAGCUUAUCAAUUUCUAUGCAAUCGUAGUAAAUUAUCACGUGGUCCAAAUCGUCUCCAUAUUCAAUUGAUGCUUCGAGCUCAAAGUAUUGUGUACAAACGUUAUCGUUCGUUACUGAUUUCGGAGAAAUACGCUGGCUAUCCAAUGCUUAUAGCAACAAUACAAACUGAAAUAUCUGAUGAUAAAUUAUAUACUUUUGAUACACAGACUACAACUGACAAUACUACUACUAAUACUACUAACACUACUAGUAGUACUACUAAUACUACUAAUACUACCAACACAAACAAUUCACAGCCAUCCUCAUCGUCAUCGUCAGCCAAUAAUAAUGACUCGAUUGAAAAUACUGUACUCCUAGUUGCUGCUACAGAACUAAUCUAUGAAACUGUUAUAACUAGUGUGCUGAAUGCUGAAGAAUUACGUCGUGAAAAUGGUAUCCCUAUAUUACAUAAAGCAUUUACACAAUGCGCUAUACAUUUAUCACGUACAACUAGUUUGCCUGAACAUAUUGUUGUGAAAGUAUGCGGACAUAUUGUAUCGGUGUUAGCAGCGGCAUCAUUAUUUCCUUCAUCACGUCAAUGUAUACAAGAGACACCGCAAUUAUUAAAAGAUACAUUACGAUUGUUAUAUUAUAAAAAUUUACCGCAAUUAUGUUGUUUAACUGCAACAUGUGUUGCAUUAUUCUGUAUUGAUUAUUGGUUAUGUGUUACAUGUUAUGAAUAUGGCGGUUUAUUUCUACUGUUACAACAUGUAUUCGCUUAUGAUUUUACACUGGAAGAAGCUGGUGUCGAGAUUAGUGAAGAGACUAAUUCACAAGUUGUAGCCAAUCGUCUCGCGUUAUUAUCUCUAUGGGCUAUUGGUCGUAUGGUCAAUAGUUAUUGUACUGGUCGUGAAGUCACAGAAGAUGAUUAUUUAAUGCGUGAUGGUCCGGAUGUAAUGGAAUCAUUAAGUCGACUGUUGACACCACAUUUAGCUAGAAAAAUUCUUGAAUUAAAUGUUUAUGAUUCAAGUCAAAUUGGUCGAUUAACUGAUGGAACUGCUGGUGCCACAGAAGAUACACAAAUUCUUCACGAUUUCCCAUUGGAUACCCCAAGAGGCAAAUAUUUACGUUCAUUAGCUAAAUUAUUGACAACGAAUUCUGUGACACCUUAUUUGAUAUGGGAUAAUCGGUGUAGAGCGGAAUUAGAAACUUUAAUUGAUUUACAAGUUGUACGUUUAAUUAAAACGGGUGAAUGUAAUCUGAAUGCUGUCCUGUCAUUCACACAUGAAUCAUAUGCAGAAGAAUUGCUAAUUGGUGAAGUAUUUGUACGUUUAUAUAAUAAACAACCAGCUUAUGCAUUAGAUAAUCCAAAAGGUUUCAUCAUUGAUCUAUUUCAAUUUCUUACCAAUGAAUUACAUCAUCUGAAUACAGACAAAGUUUACACCAGUCAUGUUGCAUCAUCAUUCAACAACCAUUCUAUGAAUCAUGCUAAUUCAGAUUUACACUUCAUGAAUAAUAAUAGUAAUAAUCACGCUGGCAAAGAACACCAUCGAUGCAAUAAUGCGCCUGAUGAAGAUAAUGAUGACAAUGAGGAUUAUUUAUCAGUGAAUAAUGAUGAUCAAGAUGCCGUUGAUGUUGAUGAUGAUGGUGAAAUUGAUUGGGGCGCCGAAUCGAAUCAUAUCACUCAUCAAUGUGUGACUAAUGUUAGUUCAGCAUUAGAAGCUUUGACUAAUGUGAUACGACAUAAUACUGGUUUAGAAAUCCAGUGUAUUGGACACUUUCCAUUAUUAUUCUCACUGUUGGAUUUACAUGAUCAUCCGGAACUCCAACUGCGUACAUUAGAUGUUAUUCAAGCUGUUUCUACCAAUUCAUUAUGUCUUGAAGAUUUGGCUGCAUCUCACUUAUUAAGUUCACUGGUGAUGUUAUUCGUGGUUCUUCCACGAGCUCAUCUUAUAUUGAUCGAAAUCAUGGAACAGUUGAUUACAUCAUCGUUAUUAUUAAAAGAAUUCAUUGCCACUGGUGGUUUAAUUUAUUUACUUGACCUAUUAUGUCAUUCAUUGAAACAAUCGAUACGUCAAUCUAGUGUGCAAUUGAUAUCACAUUGUUUAAUGAAUAAACAAUUUGGUCGACGUAUACAAGCUAUGUUGAAUCAAUAUUUGCCGACAGUAUUUGUCGAUACAUUGAAAGAUCAACCAGAAACAUUUUUGGCAUUAUUCGAUGCUGAUCAUGAAAAUCCUGAAAUGAUAUGGAAUUCUAAUCUACGCAAUAUUUUAACUAAAGUUUUAAGUGAACAAACACAAAGUUUUUACAAUUCACAACUACAAGAUCGUAGUAGUAAAUGGAAUUUACCCGAUACAUUUAAAGUCCCAUAUACGGAAGUCAUAGCGAAGAAGGCGGCGGAAGAGAAUAAAACUAAACCGAAUGAACUAGCUCAAUAUGUUUCCUGCCUUGGUCCAAUACAAAUUGCCGGUGUUUAUUUACAUUUGUACAUAUCACAUCCUGGCUGGACAUUACGUCAUCCAGAAUUAUUUUUAAAUGAAUGCAUGGAGAAAUGGAUUGAGGCAAUACAUCAAUUACCAGAUACAAGUUUAUUAGUUCAAUUAUUAACUCGAUCAUGUAAAACUAUAUUGACUGAUCGUCCCGGUUUAAUUGAUUCAUUGCCUUUAUCUGGUAAUGUACAUAGAGUUUUAGAAUUAUUAGCUAAAGUGAAUGACCCAGAAGGUGCUAAAGCAAUUGUUAUUUUAUUGCAUCAAAUGUCAGCAAGUAAAUUAUGUGUACAAUCCAUGUCAAGUGAAACUGGUGAUAUGAUUGGCAAUUUAAUACGUAUUAUUAAUUGUUGUAUUGGUGAAGAAUUAGGUUUAAUUGGUGAAACAUUAUUUUGUCUAUUCGAUACACCAUAUUCCGAUUCAUUAAUUGAACAAGCAUUAAAACAUGAUCUUAUUGGUUUUGUAUUACGUAUGUUACAAAAUGGUUUCCCAUCAUCAGUUAAAGAACCUGGACAAACUCGAGCUUAUUUGAUUAAAGCGUUAAAAGCUAUGCAAUAUAGUGCUAUUUAUGGUGCAAAAGUCACGUCAAUUCUUGAAUCAUAUCCGAAUUGGGCAGAUUAUCGCGACCAAGGUCAUUCAUUGUUUAUCGCCAAUGUACCACAAUCAGUAACCACCUAUUUAACAGCUGGUCCAGCAUCUGGUAGUUUACACAGUGGCUAUUUAACAUCACAUGAAGUAGCGCCGCCAACUUUAUCUAAACCUUAUUCAUGA